GCCGCUUCGCCCCUCCCGGCGCGAGCGGCAGUGCCCGCUGUCCCGGGGUCCCCGCCCCGUCCCGCCUGCCGCCGCCGCCGCCAUCGCCAUGAAAUGCCACUACGAGGUGCUGGGCGUGAGGCGCGACGCCGCCGAGGAGGAGCUGAAGCGGGCGUACCGCCGGCUGGCGCUGCGCUGGCACCCGGAUAAAAACCUCGACAACGCGGAGGAGGCAGCGGAGCAGUUCAAGUUGAUCCAGGCGGCGUACGACGUGCUCAGCGACCCACAGGAACGGGCCUGGUAUGAUAGUCACAGGGAGGCUCUGCUGAAAGGAGGAGUUGAUGGAGACUAUCAAGAUGAUAGCUUGGAUCUGCUGCACUACUUCACUGUUAGCUGCUACUCUGGAUAUGGGGAUGAUGAAAAGGGAUUCUUUACAGUGUAUCGACAAGUUUUUGAGAAGAUUGCGAAGGAAGAGCUGGAAUAUAUGACAGAGGAAGAUAUUGAAGAAUUCCCUAUGUUUGGAUAUUCCCAUAGUGACUAUGAUACGGUAGUCCACCCUUUCUAUGCAUAUUGGCAGAGUUUCUGUACACAGAAAAACUUUGCUUGGAAAGAAGAGUAUGACACACGACAAGCCUCAAACCGCUGGGAGAAACGAGCUAUGGAAAAAGAGAACAAGAAAACGAGGGAGAAAGCAAGGAAAGAGAGGAAUGAGCUGAUCCGUCAGCUAGUAGCCUUUAUUCGUAAGAGGGAUAAAAGAGUACAGGCUCACAGAAAACUUGUGGAAGAACAAAAUGCAGAAAAAACUAGGAAAGCAGAAGAAUUUCGGAGGCAACAGAAGCUAAAACAAGCCAAGCUUGCUGAGCAGUACAAAGAGCAGAGCUGGGUAACUAUGUCAGAUCUGGAGAGAGAGCUGCAAGAGAUGGAGGCACAAUAUGAAAAGGAAUUUGGAGAUGGAUCAGGUGGUGAAGAUGCAUUAGAAGAACAGGAGACAAAAAGCAUUGAAGACAAACUGAAUGAUGAAACUGAAGAAGCUGAACUUGUUGAUGGUCUUUACUGCCCUGCUUGUGACAAAUUGUUAAAAACUGAGAAAGCCAUGAAGAAUCACGAGAAAUCAAAGAAGCAUCGAGAAAUGGUAUCGCUGUUACGACAGCACUUGGAAGAGGAGGAAGGGAAAUUUGAUGUGUCUUUAGAUGAUGCAGAUGGAAUACAGACCAAAGAGGAGGAAGAAACAGAAGACAUACCCAAACAGAAGCUCUCAAAGAAACAAAGGAAGAAGCAGAAAACAAUGAAGAGUUACGAGAACUCUUUUGAUCAAAGUGAUGAUGAAGAAACAGUUGAACAAAAGGAGGUGCCCAGCAUGGAGAAGGACAGUGGCUUAACAGAGGAGUUGGUAAAUGAUGGCCAAAGAUGUUCAGAGGACACAGGCAUUACAGAUGAUGUCAGCCAAGAGAAUGAAACAAAAAGUGAAGCAAAAAGCACUAAGCCUAAAGGGAAGAAAGCCAAGGAAGCAAAAAAGUCUCCUAAGGUGUCUUCAGAGAGCUCAACAAUGAAUGAAGGUGCUAUCCACUGUGUAACCUGCAACUGUACAUUUCCAUCCCGAAAUAAAUUGUUUGAUCACCUGAAAGUCACAGGACAUGCAAGAGCAACAACAAUACCAACUGUAAAUGGAGCUGUGAACACCAAAAACAAAAAAGAGAAACGUAAAAACAGAUAGAACUUUGCUGUAGUGACAGUCUUCAGAAUUGUACAUUAACACUCUGAAAAAACUGAAACAUGCACACUGCCUGUGUCUGGAGUUAAACAAAGAAGGCAAAUACCAAUGUAGGAAAAAAAUGAAGAUGCACAAAAGGAAUAUUGUAGGAAAAAUGUAGGAAAAAAAUGAAGAUGCACAAAAGGAAUAUUAUCUUGUGGAGGACUCUGUGCUUUCUUCUGUUUUUAAAAGCCUUCCUUUAAUCAUAGGAUGGUUUGGUGUCAGGGCAGAGGUGGAUGUUCCUUCCACCAGGCCACUUUGUCUUUGCUGUACCCUGAGCAGCUUUCACACCACAGGUGGGGAAAUAGUAAUUCAAAGCUACUCACCCUGUGUUCCUGUAGAACCUGCAUGGAUUAUUUCCACACAGACGAAAUAAUAAAUUAUUUUGGCAUGUG